CUGAAAACGGAAUGCCGCUAUCACGUUUAAUUGAAAAGUUAUUAGCGAUUUAUCGAAGUACACUAUAUUUUCACAUAGAUAGUAGAAGGCAAGAAAUUUUUCAUAGGCGAUGGUGCAAGUGAAGUUGUCUAUUAAUUAAAUAAUUUUGAAACUAUGGCUACUAAAAUAAACUUCGUCAACAGAAAAUUAAGAACAAACUUCUGAGAGGGUGAUCUUCUUUGAAGUAAAAGAGAAGCACGGAAAAGUAUUAUUCUAAGCGCAUGAUGCAAUGACGGUUACAUCUUAGGUUGUACGGUGAAACUUUUGCCUACUACAUUCGACCAAACCUAACUGGUCGACCGAUCUGACUGGUACCAAUCCCGGCUUGGCACAAAUCCUGACUGUAUCAGUCUGCCAAGCCUUAGACUGGAACUGAUGCAUGCCUAGUUAUAAUAAAAAGGCGACAAGGAACAAACCAGCCGAAAGCGAAAGAUACCGACCUUUUAUCAAAGAAAGCUAAAGACAGACAUUUAUCAAUCAAAUAUAUAAAACAUAAAAACGAACAAAAAAAUUGUGUUAGAUUACUGCUGUACAACUCAGAUCAAGCCAGAAGCUAUAGAAAUGACGAAUCACUACAAAAUAUCCGAACGUCACAUGUAUUGAUGGUCGGCGUUCAGUUUAAGCCUGAGAUUGAUGAUAGUCUACUGGAUGUUCGGCAAAUGGGCGAAAGCACAGGAAAAGGCAAGUGGCAAUUGGCGACACUCCGUGAGAUUCUCGCGAAGUAUCAAAACCCUCUGCUACAAUUAUGGAGAAUGUAGUGGACUUUCGUCAGUAAUUGGCGAAAGUCCAUCAGAGUUUUGCCAGUUGGUGAAGGUAAAGUGGUCAUAUUGACACGAGUUCACAUAACUUUCGCCAAUUGGCGAAUGUGAAGGCAUUGUAUUGGCGAAGAUACGGCUACUCUUUAUACUCUGCAGUAAAUAUUCCUCUUAUCGCUACUAAUGUCUUUUAUCUCGUUGUAGAUUGAUGAUAGACGCUGUUCCAACAACAAUGGUAGUGCAACUGCUUAAAUAUCUUACAUUGUUGAAAUACAUUAACUUUUUCCAAUGUUCUCGGUAUUUGCAUGCUAUUGUUGUGUUGUAAUACUUUGUUAAUAAAAAGAAAUCCUCCGAAAUCUUCAUUUGGAAUUUUGUUUCUUUUUUUUUCUGAGAAUAACUAUUCUUCUGUGUUAAAUGCAGUUUUACAUUAGACUUAUUUGUAGAUAAUGGAUGAUAAAUCACGUAGUAAGUUUAUUAGACCUUAUAUUCUAUAUUCUUAUCGUCCAUGGAUUUAUAUCAAUUAUCGGAACUGUACAAAGGAGCAAAAAACAAGUGAAUCACAGUUACUUGAACAUGCUCUUGGUGAAAAGUUUCACAUUACUGAUUAUGAGAAGUAUAAAUAUCCAAACAGUGAUAUACCAACAAUAUCUCGUUUAACUUUGUUAGAUGAAGACUGCAUGUGUUUCAUUGAUAUAUGUGGCAACGACAAUAAUUGUACGACAGAAAAUACAUUCGCACAAAAGUUAUAUGAUUUCGUGCACCGUAAACGAUUAGUGACCAUUGAUAGUACAGGUCAACUUCAAUUUCCAAAUAUUAUUGAUGAAAAUUUUUGUAACGUCACUUCACAUAUUUGUGUCAUUUAUGUAAAUUGUACGAAAGAUGAGAUUCAAACAUUUGAAGAACACUUGAACGAAUUAAGAUCUCAACUUGGACCAAAUUAUUUAGUUGUAUAUCCGGAUAAGUGUAAUAUCAGAAAUGACGAUGAGUUAUUAGAUACUGUAAAACGCAAUUCGGUUUAUCACAUGAUCGUCAGAGGUACAGCUCAUGAAUGCUUAGAAUCAGAUAAUACAGCACAAAAUUUAGAGAAUUAUCUAGAAUACUGUGAUGAAUCUAAAAAACAUAUAAUACUAUAUUCAUUUAAAGCAAUUCCAUCAUGUAGACAUCAAUCAAUGUUACCACGUCAAAUCUCGUACAUUCGUGAACAGUUAGAUAAAGCAAAACCUCGUGUAAUACGACAACAAAUGAAUUUACUCUAUAGUGAAAUGCAAAAGAUGUAUGACAGACAUUGUGAAUCGAAUAAGACUGAUACAAUUCCAGUUCUUAAACUUGUACGUAUAAGUUAA